AUGGCCGGCCGACGACGGCAAACGGAGGCAGCGCUUGUGGAGCGGGCCGUGGCGCGCUGGCAAUGGCGCGUGGCCGUGGCGCGGGCGCGCCGGGAGUACGCACAGAUAUCUUUGGCCCUGGACGGGCUUGAACAAGCUGCUACGUCGCCAACACCCCGCGUCGCAACCCCACCGUCAGCAGAAGCUGCUCCCUCUGACGCGGCGUCCAUCUCGCCGCCACCGACCAUGAGCGGGCUUGACGUUGCAUCUCAUCAGCCGAAUGAGCAUGAGGACACGGCCGACCUGUCUCUGCUUUCUUUGUCCACUUCUUCUUCCGCUGCCUCUUCCUUGAGCAACACGCACACCACCGCUGCCUUGUACAAACCAACGAGCGCCACAACCGUGGACAUGCCCUGGGCCCGCGCCGACCUUGAGCGCCUCCAGCAGGAUCUCAUCCUCGACCUACGCCAGCUCGCCUCGCGCAUUCACAACCGUCGUGCCCUCCUCCAGACUACCCCUUUCCCUGCCUAG